AUGGAGAACUAUCCGGAUCACUGGAAGGCUACUCUCCUUGGAGAAGAGUUCUGGAAAGAUGCUGAAGCUUACAAUCAGCCCAUUCACGACCGCAUCGAAGCAGAUAAAGACAAGCCCUUGCACGAAAGAUUUCCAUUUAACCAAGAACAUGAGCAAAACACCCAUGCCCCUGCUGCCAACAGCGCCGACACAGACAAGCGCAGAAGCCGUCGCUUCAGCAUGAACGAUGCGGCAUUCACUGGCACUCCCCUAGCAACAGCUCGUGUGGCCGAACUUUCCAGACGCCCUCGUUCGCAAUCUCGCACGCGCUCCCAGUCCCUCGUUCGAGGAUCCAGCGUCGCAUCCAGCCGUUCGAGCUCGCUCAUCCGCUCCGCCCUAUACAGAAUGGCUAACUUGAUGCGGGAGGAGCCUGAAACCGAGACCGAGGUGGAGUCUGUUCAGCUCCUAUCUGCCGAUGAAGCCACCCCGGAGAAGCCUCUCUUGGAGUUCCGCGGCGGUGAGACCUGGGAGCGUCUUACUGAUGAUCGUCACUCGCUUGGACUUGACGUGUUCUGGCCUAGCGACCUGGACAAUAAGGAGAACAUCAGUGAUGAUGACAAUAAAACCGACAGCAAAGUUGAGCCGGAACUCAUCAUGCUUGAUCUCGAGCAGAUGUCCCCUCUCUGUCUAUUCCGCAACCUCCACAGGCUCAAAAUUACUGGCAUGAUGCAGUCAUACCAGAAAUACAUCUGGCAGGCCGCCUGGUUGAACGUUGACCUUGAGGAACUGGAACUCGGCAUGGCCUUGCCUCCCCGUAUCCGCAAGAGCAAGACUGGCGAUUGGCCCUACAUCAAGGGAGGCUGGAAGCUCAACAAGGCUCAGUAUGCGGAACCAGUGUACUUCGGCGACGGCACCGGCGCACUUGACCACAAGCUCGGCCAAGCCGAAUACCUCGACAAGAUGGUCAUCGAAAAGGCCAAAGUGCGUGCCAUGUCCGUGGGUCGCACUCGCCAGAAAUUAUCCAUCCGCUCACUGACUCUCUUUGGAUUCAUUGUCGAUGCGGACCCGUUCCUGCAUUGGUUUGACGCCAAGAGAUUGCAGAGAAUCCAUUUCAAGGAUUACUGCGUGGAUGCGGGCUUCUGGCUCUGCAAGCCGAUGAAGAAGGUGGAGGUAGAUUUUCCGCGCCAGAUGCAGGAAAAGGCGACGACUGCUAGACAGGUUGAUUUGUCGUCUGAGCUGAAGAUUAUUGAGCUGAAAGGGGGCAAGAAGAAUAGUGAUUUGAUUGAUGGCCUGGUCCUCGGGGGAGAGCCCACGAUGAUCUUUCAAGAAUAUGACCUGUACCGGCGCAUUUUCAUCGAAGGGUUGCCCAUUAUAUGGGUCGAGACUUCCUCCCGGGAGGAUGUGCAAUUGCCUGGGUUCCUUCGCUUGUGCGAAGGCCCCGAGUGCAAGGUGGGCAUGCUUUUAGGGAUUUCCAAGAGUCACUCGUCGUCUUACAUCUGCGUCCCAUCUUCUUCCAAUCAUCCCCCAUUUUUCUACUUUGAGACGUUUCUAAAGAUUUUGGCUUAUAACCACAUACUCAAAAUGCCCCUUUGGCUCAUCUAUCACCCCUCCGGCACCUUCGAGGACACCGCUUCCAAAAAAGCUCUGACGGAAGAUAUCACAAAGCUCUACACUCGAAUCGGCCUUCCUGCAUUCUAUGUUGUCAUCAACUUUAUGAAGCUCCCCCCCGGAGAUACCUGGGUCGGCGCUGAAAACCGAACCGAGAAGCCGUUUAUUCGAAUUGUUGCCGACCACAUUGCCGUUCGGCUCGAAAAUGAGGACCACGUUUACAAGAAUACGUGCUACGCGAUUGAAAAAGCCUUGAAGCCUCAUAUUGCCGAUAGAGGUUAUGAUUGGGAGUUUCAUGUUGAUGAGACUGAAAGGAGACUAUGGCGCGUCAAUGGAUUCGUUCCUCCUCCGUUUGGAAGUGAUGCGGAGAAGCUUUGGGCAAAGGAAAACAAGCCGGUCGCUUGGGAAAGCGCUUAG